CACAUAGCCCUACAAGUGUAGGGCACUUCCAAAUCAAAUCCCAUCUUUUCUUGUCAUUUUCUAACAUUUUCUAAGGAAGUGCCCUUCACUUACCUUAAAGUGCCUCAUAAAUUUAGGGCACAGGUAGAUGACAAAAACCCUUGAUGAAUUAAGGGGGCCCCUUUAUAAGAGCAAGAUGAAGGUCCCCUAUUUUUUUGGUAUUUUGUUUAAGCCAUUGUAAAAUUUUAAAAUCAAGUGGUAAAGUUUUUUGGGUUUUUCUUAGAGAAUCUAUCUCACCCACCAAAAAAAAAAAAAAAAAAAAAAAAGAGUAUGCACAAAAGAUGUUUGAUGGAAUGCCCGAACAGUUCUACCAAUUUUUAGCUGCUGCUGCUACUACAACAUCAAUACCAACAUCUUCUUCUAAUAUUCUUACUAAUAAUACUAAUACUGCGGCUGCGGCUGCAGCUGCAGCCGCGCUUUCUAUUCCUUUAUCAUUCUCUCUUCACCACCACCAACACCAACACCGUCAUGCGGCUGGUUUUCCUACUUAUUCACAACAACCACCACCACCACCUCCGCCGGCUCCUCAACCGACAUUCAAUGCUCCUUAUGGUCACCUUCUACAUCAUCACCACCAUCAUCAUUCGCAGUUUCUUACAAGGAAUGAUGUUGUUAAAGAUGAAACACUCCAACUUGACCCUACUAGGUUACAAGAUGGCGGCGAAACGCAACGAUCUUCAUCAUCAUCAUCCUUGAUGUUAUUGCCUGAAAUUCCAUGGUCUAAUGAUGAAAUGCUUGCUCUCUUCAGAAUCAGAUCUAGUAUGGAUAAUACUUGGUUUCCUGACUUCAUCUGGGAAAAUGUCUCAAGAAAGUUAGCAGAGAUUGGAUUCAAAAGAAGUGCUGAGAAAUGCAAAGAGAAAUUUGAGGAAGAAACUAGAAGUUUCAACAGCAGCAUUAUUUCUAAUAAUACUUGCAGCAAUAAGAAUAAUAAUAAUAAUAAUAAUAAUAAUAAUAAUAAUAAUAAUAAUAAUAAUAAUAAUAAUAUUCCGAGCAACAACAAUAACAACAACAAUUAUAGGCUCUUUGGUGAGCUAGAAGAGCUUUGUAACAAUAAUAACACUAACAACAUCAAUGUUGAUCAUGACGACGGCGGUGAUGAUCAUCAGAAAGGUUCUCUUCCUGAUCAAUGUGAACGUGAUCAUACCCUUGAGACUUGUUUGUCUCAAGGGGAUGUUUGUGUUGAUGGUGAGAAGGAGGAUGAAGAGGAUGACGACGAAAGGCCGGAGAUUGAAGAUGGUAUAAUGUUAGAAGGUGAUGAUGAUGAUGAUGAUACAAGAAAGGAUAAUGACAAGAGCAAUGAUAAUGAUGAUGUGGUGGAAGAUGAGCAGCAGUCUGUAGACGACAGCGAGAAAACGGAGGAAAGUACAAAGAGGGUGAUGAAGAAGAGGAAAAGACAGAAGAAAUUUGAAAUAUUUAAAGGGUUUUGUGAGAAGAUUGUGAGUAAGAUGAUGGCUCAACAAGAGGAGCUUCAUUGCAAGAUUAUUCGCGAUAUGGUUAAGAGAGAUGAGGAGAAGAUUUCUAAGGAAGAAGCUUGGAAAAAGCAAGAGUUUGAGAGAUUAGAGAAGGAGUUAGAGGCUAGGGCACACGAGCAGGCGGUUUCCGGUGACCGGCAAACCAAGAUCCUUGGCUUCUUGAAGAAGUUUAGUACUUCAUCAUCAAAUUUUUUGGAUAGUCAAUCUUUUAAAGAGGCACUUGAGAAGCUUAAUAAGGUACCGAAAAUGACUUCUUCUAAUUCCUCAAUUUUAACUCAAGACUCUAUUAGUGUACAAUUACAACCCACUUCAUCUUGUACAACCCAUAAUCCUUUGGUGAAUAACAUACCUAGUUCUUCAUCAAAUGAGAAUCUUGCUCUAGACAACUCAAAAUCGACACUACCCUUGAAACCAUCCUCUUUGGAUCAUCAAAACCCUAAUCCUCUUCCUAGUCAUCAGAACGAGUCUUUGAAAAUCCCUUCUUUAGUUUCAUCUCGCAAAUUCUCCAGGUCUGAUCAUCCCAGCACUAAUGCAGCGGACCAUAUUACAAACAUUAAGGCCUUGGAAAACAACAAGAGCGGUGGUCUAAAAUCCGUUGUUGGGAAUAAUGGUAAUAAGGAUGACACCGGUAGAAGAUGGCCAAGAGAUGAAGUGCUAGCAUUGAUCAACAUAAGGUGCAGCCUUUUUAACAACAAUGGCGGUGACACUCACCAUGAUACAGAAACCUACUCUAAGGGUCCUCUAUGGGAAAGGAUUUCGCAAAAGAUGACCGAGUUAGGGUACAAAAGAAGUGCUAAGAGAUGCAAAGAAAAAUGGGAGAACAUAAACAAGUACUUCAGGAAAACUAAGGACUUGAACAAGAAAAGAUCCGUUGACUCUAGAACUUGUCCUUAUUACCACCAGCUUAGUCAUUUAUACAGUCAAGGAUCACUAGUGGGCCCCACGGAUCGACCAACAAACCACCCCGGCUCACCGGAAAAUCGGUCCAUGGCAAUGUCAGGGCAGUCUCAAGGUAAUGGGUCAAGUACUCCUCCAGCAAAUAAUGGUGCAACUAAUACUAUGCAAGGUAAUGAGGCCAAUGUGGUCCAAGUACCAGGGUUUGAUUUUGAAUUUUGAUAUUUGAUAUUUGAAAUAGCAGUUUAAAUUUGUAUGUGUGUGCUAGCUGCUAUAUAAUUUUGUACCUUAUGUUAUAUGGUGAACAUUUACUAGCUAUAUAGAUAUGGCUAGCUGGCUAUAUGGUAGUAGUAAGAUUUAAUUAAAUUUGGUGUCAUUUUUGUUCA